GCGAGAGGUGCUCCGCUCAGUCGAACGCCUGGAAAAGGACACCAAAGGAGGCGGCUUAGCCGUCUUUUACGUUUAACCCACCUGCCAAAAAACAAACACACCGUAACACGUCACAUUCGUCGAGCCGUCCAAGUGUAACUGUGUGCCCCUCUUCGAGUCAUCGUCGUCGUGGUUUUUGUGUGAUCUUGUCCUCUGCGUGGUGAGUCGUUCCUUGUGAUCUCCUCCGAGUGAGCGUCGUCAGCUGGUCCCUGCCGUCGUCGCAGCGACCGCCAUAUUGGAUAGUCAGCGCUAGGCCUAAACAGCCUCGCUCGCCGCAAGCAACAGCAGCGGCGUCUGGACCCGAUCCGUCUGGUCCUGCGUCAAAGUGGCUCGUGCUCGGUUACCCCUCAUCAAAGUGUGCCUGCGUCCCAUCGCCCUCCGCCGGACUCGAAGAGCAUCAUGAGACUGGAGAUCCGAAGUGCGGCCGACUUCCUCAUGAACAUUCUGCGGCUCGGCCGGAACCUCGACACCCGACUGCUGGACGUGUUCCGGGGCACCCUGGAGGACCUGUUGCGACACCACUACCAGCACCACUGGUUCCCCGAGAAGCCCACGCGGGGUUCGGGCUACCGCUGCAUCCGAAUCAACCACAAGAUGGACCCGAUCCUGUCCAAGGCCGGCCGUGCCUGCGGCCUCCAAGAAGCUAGUCUGCGCGAGCUCCUACCCAACGAGCUCACCCUAUGGGUCGACCCGCGCGAGGUAUCGUACCGCAUCGGCGAGAACGGUUCCAUAUGCGUGCUGUACGACGGGUCGGGUCACCUGGCCGCCGCCGCGGGCACAAACGGCAAUUUCUCGCUGCUGACUAACUCGCCGCAGGGCGCACUCUCCUACCACCAUCAGCACAACAACCACGUGAGCCACCAUUAUCACCACCACCACCACGGCUACGGGUCCGGCCACCACGCCGAGCGACUAGCCGCCAGGCCCGGCUGCAAGGGCUCCUGGGACCCCUUCGUAGCGGAUCCGAGGAACAUCAACAGCUUCGAGCCGAUGGCCACGUACGUGUCCAGCUAAAGGCGUCUCGUCCCUUCCCCGCCACGGGAAGACAAACUGCCAAAAUGUACGCGCUUCAGUGCGUUCGAGGGUUCAACUUCGGGGCCUUAGCAAAGCCCGCUCCACCGUAGCCGCGCGCGCCGAUGUUCAAGUGUCUCGGGCGCCGCCGGCUCGGCUUCCCCGCAAGUGCCUCCGAACUCUUCCUCCGUCGUCGACCAGGGUGAGAACCGCAGGCCAUUCACACCGACUCCCGGUCGUGACCCCGGGAGCUGACAACAACCCGGGACGACGGAUCCUUGUCCGAUGACGAUCGUCCCGCGUCGUUUCGAGUCUCGGGCACGUCCGAGCCUGUCUGCUGUCUCGCGCGCUGCGUGUUCGCUCGUGCAGCCUUCUCUCCGCGCGCCGUGAGUAGGGAGCCGGUGGCCUCCCUUGGUCCGUCCUCACCUCGGCCAGUGAUGACGCGGCCAAGUGGGUCUCGCGCUCAGUAUUGCGACUCACAAGAAUUAUUUUUGUCGAAAAAAAAAGUCGCCCCCAGACGGUUCGACCCUUGGGUCACGCCUCGGGCGUGACUGGGUUCUGCCGAGGCCGAUCCGCCCGAAAAAAAGAGACGCAGACGUCAGGGGUACGUUGCGAGCCCUGGGGUCGAGUGGUCGCAGCGGUACGCGGAAAAAGGCUGCACGAGUCGUUUGUGAUCGGGAACCUGCGCCGCGGUAAGGUUCUCGUCAUCGUCGUCGCGUUGGAAGGGUUGUUUUUGUCCACCGGGUGUUGUCUUGCGGGAACCCGGGCCGGCGUGGCAGUGUGAAGAAGAAAAAGAAAAAGCACCCGAGGCGUUCGGUUCGGUUGUGUUCCCAGCAGGCAGCCAAGCGCUAUGGUCUUACUUGUUCAGAUCUGGCGGUGCAUUUGUUUGUGCCGGCCCUCCCCUCUUUCCGGGAACAAGGCACGCCCCAAACGACCACCGGGGUUUCGGAAAGAAAUGGUACAUUGUGAUCUCGUUAAAACACUAAACAAUUUUUUUUUUUUUUAUUACUGAUAUCUUUUUUUUUUAAACGUUGUUGUAUACAAAGACGACGGCAACAGCAACAGGUCUUUCUUUUCUUUUUUUUCUUUUCGCGCACACGUGUGCGUGAUCAUCCAUGUUUCCACCUCCCCCCGAAUGAUGUGGACUUCUUUUUUCUUGCUUGUUUUUUUCUGAAAUUUGUACAUGUGUAUAGUAAACUGCCAGCCUCUGGAGCCGUCGCCGGAGCAGCGCAGGAGAGCAAAGCCGGACAUUAAUUGAGCAGCGACCGACGCGCAGAGGCAAAAACAUAGGACAUGGUAUGCUUGAGAGAAAGAGAAGUAAAUGAAAUAAGGGAGUCAGACGCAAAAGUGAUGUCGUAUCGGAAAAAAAAAAAUAUACAAAAUUACGGAAGAAAGCUGGUUUUUUUUCUCGAUAUCUCCUCAAAGUCAGAGCAAUCAUGUUUGUGUGUUCGUGUGUACACAACCUGGGAGUACAAGUUUUUUCAGGGACCAUCCCUUCCCUUCACGAGCAUCGAGAAAAAAAUGUUCCCACAGCUAAAAAGAAAAAAAGAAAAAAAAGGAAAAAAAAAGGUGAAGAAACUAGAGAUAUAUAUUUGGAGGAGGCAAAACAAAUUGUGUGCCAGUUUUGCCUCUCAUUGAGACGGUUAUUUCUCACUUUUAGACGACACAGACAAAACGUCCCUUUUGUGACGGACCCCUCUUCACUGUAAGCACAGGCGUCAAAAAACCUGUUUUCGCCCUUUUUUCUUUUUUUUUUUUUAAUUUCAGUCCGACAUUUUAAGAAGAAAGAAACGAUAAACGAUGCCAUUUUAUCGUCGACAGGAAUCUCUUUAGGUUCGGCGAGAGUGACCCUUAUUACUUUUUUUUUCUUGCUCGGAAUUUUUUGUUGUGCAUCCCACACUCUUUUAAGAAAAAAAAAAAAAAAAAGACUCUUACCACCAACUGUGAUCGCUGCAGCCAUCAUUGUACGUCUAGCCAUACAUGCCAUCUGUGCUCUGUUACAUUUUUUUUUCUCGAAUCUGCGCUGCACACCCCCCUUUUUUGAGAGUAUUGCAACUGAUGGUUUACCAACUACCCGAUUUGGAGCUGCAGUAUUACAACAACCUGAACAUGCGAGAAGUGGCCUUUCGUUUACUGCAUGAUUAUAUUUUUUUUUUUCUUGUAUUUGAUUUGGUGUAUGUUUCUUUUGCCGGUGAAUGAGUUUCCUGUCUUGCAGCUCGGUUUCAAGCCUAAUCAACCCCACGCUGAAAAGCGCCAUCGGUGCAGCCCAAUGUUGUGGCCUCUGCUGUUUCUUUUUUUUUUUUGGUUUUUUGCAUCGUACAUAGGUGUGUGUUUGACCGGUCCAAGAUCGCUUUUUGCAUCUCUUCGAGUUUUUUCCAUUUUUAUUGCUGUAUAAAAAGACACUUAUUUUAAUUGCGCAUUAUUUACAAGAGAAGACACACCCCAUGCUCAUCACUUACAUCGCGCGCGUGCGUCGUCGGCCCUCCUAUGACUGAAACUGCAUUUCGCCAGUUUGUCUUGUAAAGAUACACAUUUUUUUCGUCCUGUAAAAAGAGAAGCUGUAUAAAGGCAUUAUUGUAAAUGUACAGUCGUACAACUAUAGGAGAUUUUUUUGUACAGUAAAUAAAUCUCGUGGAUGCAUUGAUA